GCAGUUCUGUGACAGGCGCACUGACUCACCGGCUCUCCAGCUAGUAUUUGUCAGACCGUGAUACGAUCGGGUCUGUUUCGCGAUUGUAAACUUUAAAUGUUGAAAUUUAUGUCUCGUGAUGAUCUAUUGUGGUAUUUGUGCUUGUAUUUGUAUAAUAUGAUGCUAGUGAAAUUAUUUAUUGUAUUUAUGUGAGUGCUUCUUUUGUAUAUUUUCUUAUAUCCAAAUAGUUGUAAAGAAGAAACAAGCAGGUGUUUAUCAUUUACCAAGCGCGCUUCACAUGCAAUGUUUAAAACGAUGACGAAUCAUAAUUCUUGAAGAAAUAUUAACAACAUUGAAAGACCGGUUAUCUGUGUUUAGCACGGUAUAAUUUGUUACCUUGAACUCAAUAAAUUGGACGAGGUGGAAUAUGCCUUGAAAGAAAUAAUUGUCGCUUAACGUUACUUUGCUAUGUAAGAAUAGAUGCAGUUCGUUCGUCCUUUAUUAUACGCGGUUACUGGAAUAUUCUCCCGAAAGAUAUCUUCGAUAAAAACACUUUUAAUAAAUUUUGUUCUGACAGAAAGAAAAGGAGAACAAUUGUGUAUAUAUUUAUAUAGAAAAGGCAGGUCUCAUCGAUUCCAACGACUUUGAUAUACAUACGUAUGUUAUCAAGAUGUAUCAUUGGCAGAGUCAAAAUGUUAAAGUUUCCGGAGUGGAUGAUAUGGUUUUGCUCCCGAAAAUUACCGAGGAUGCUAUUACCGAAAAUCUUCGAAAAAGAUACAUGGAUGACUAUAUAUUUACAUGUAUUGGUCCUGUAUUAGUAUCGAUUAAUCCUUUUAAGCAAAUGCCAUAUUUUGGAGAUAAGGAAAUAGAAAUUUACCAGGGUGCGGUACCGUAUGAAAAUCCUCCACAUAUUUAUGGAUUAGCAGACAAUAUGUACAGAAAUAUGUUAAUCGAUAAGGAAAAUCAAUGUGUUAUCAUCAGUGGAGAAUCAGGUGCUGGUAAAACAGUUUCAGCAAAAUACAUUAUGUCAUACAUCGCGAAGAUUAGUGGUGGUGGUACACACGUGCAAAAAGUAAAAAACGUCAUUUUGGAAUCUAAUCCUCUUUUAGAAGCUUUUGGCAAUGCGAAAACUGUGCGGAACAAUAACAGUAGCAGAUUUGGGAAAUAUGUAGAAAUGCAAUUCGGUCCUAGUGGCCAACCAAGCGGGGGAAAGAUUUCGAACUUUUUGUUAGAAAAAUCGAGAGUCACUUGUUAUAAUAUCGAUGAAAGAAAUUUUCAUGUAUUUUAUCAACUUGUAACAGGUGCAAACCAGCAAAUGAAAUCUGAACUUGGAUUGGUGGAUGUUGAUUAUUACCACUACCUCAAUUAUGGCGAAGGGCAUAAAGUCGAUGACGUAAACGACGUUCAUGAUUUUGAAGCAACUUUAAAAGCAUUGAACAUAAUGGCGAUAGGCGAUUCCGAAGUAACUGAUAUUUUCAGACUCGUUGCGGGAAUACUUCACAUAGGAAAUAUUCAAUUCGUCGAGAACGGAAAUUAUUCACAAAUCGCUGAUAAACGAUAUCUUGAUUUUCCAUCCCAUUUGCUGGAGAUUUCAGUAAAGCAGCUAUCUCAAAAAUUGAUAUCACGUCAAUUUGAAUCCAAAUGGGGAAGUCAAUCUGAGAGCGUUGAUGUUACAUUAAACGUAGAACAAGCUGUCUAUACUCGGGAUGCAUUGGCGAAGGAUAUCUAUGCUAGACUCUUUGAUUAUCUGGUUAAAAAAAUUAAUUCAGCUAUGGAAACCAAUACCGAGGGUCUUGAAAUUGGAAUUUUGGAUAUUUACGGAUUUGAGAUUUUUGAAAAAAAUGGUUUCGAACAAUUUUGUAUAAAUUUUGUGAAUGAGAAACUGCAACAGAUCUUCAUAGAGCUCACUCUAAAGGCAGAACAAGAAGAAUACGUAUCGGAAAAUAUACAAUGGACUCCGAUAGAGUAUUUUAACAAUGCGGUUGUCGUCGAGCUUUUGGAAGGUAAACGUCCACCGGGUCUCUUCUUAGUACUUGACGAUGUUUGCGCUACUCUUCACGGUGGUAGCGCUGGCGCGGAUGCAGACUUGCAAAAGAAACUUGCAAUUGCGUCCAACAAGCACGAACAUUUUCAAAGCACGCAAGACGGAUUUGCUAUUAUGCAUUAUGCCGGUAUAGUUUCGUAUUCGGUUGAUGGAUUCUGCGAUAAAAAUCGCGAUGUACUUUUCUUAGACCUUGUGGAACUAAUGCAAACAAGUACGAAUUCUUUGAUCCAGAAAUUGUAUCCGCCAGAAUGUCAAACAAAUAAAAUAAAAACGCUUAGAUCCAGACCCACCACUGCGGGUAACAAGAUUAGAAAUCAAGCAAGUCGAUUGGUCAAUCAAUUGAUGAAAUGUACACCACAUUAUAUCAGAUGCAUUAAACCAAACGAGACAAAAAGACCACGAGAUUGGGAUUCGGUUAGAAUAAAGCACCAAGUGGAAUAUUUAGGUCUAAAAGAAAAUAUUAGAGUACGUAGGGCUGGUUUUGCAUAUAGAAGACCGUUCGCCAAAUUUUUACGAAGAUAUGGAAUUCUCACGAAAGAAACUUGGCCACGUUGGUCUGGUAAUGAAAAGCAGGGAGUCGAAUGGAUAUUAAAAAGCCUCGAUAUUAAUCGAUCGCAGUAUCAACUUGGAAAAACAAAACUAUUUAUAAAAGCUCCCGAAAGUCUUUUUACGUUAGAGGAAGCAAGAGAUCGGAAAUAUAACAUGUACGCUAGAGUAAUUCAAAAAGCAUUCAAAAAGUACUUUGCUCGAAAGAGGCAAGAACAAGAAAGACAAGAAGCAGCUGAUUUGUUGUUUGGUCGGAAAGAACGUAGACGAGCUAGCUUAAACAGACAUUUCAUGGGUGAUUACAUCGGAUUGGACGACAAACCUCAAAUAUUAAAUUUAAUUGGAAGAAGAGAGAAAAUUUUUUUUGCUGAAGUUGUGAAAAAGUAUGACAGGAGAUUCAAGACGAGUAGAAUAAAUUUUAUUCUAACCAACAAAUACUUAUACCUUAUCGGUCAAGAGCAAAUCAAGAAGGGCCCAGAGAAAGGCAAAUUGGUAGAAAUUAUAAAACGGAAAUUACCAUUCAAUCAGAUUAGUUAUGUAUCAUUAAGUAAACUUCAAGAUGGUUUUCUCAUUAUUCAUGUGAAAGAAGAUUACGAUAGCUUAUUAGAGUUGAUAUUUAAAACAGAAUUUUUGAUUAAUCUUAGCAAGAGAUACGUCGAGGAAACUGGUCAUAUUCUAAAUAUAAAAUUUAGUAACAAUUUAGAAUAUAAGGUUAAAAAGGAAGGAUGGGGAAGUGCAGGUACAAGAGAAAUACAUUUUAUACAAAUGGAAUAUAGGAACAAAGAAAUUUUGAAAACAAGUGGAAAAAUUCUAAACGUUUGGAUUGGACCAGGAUUGCCAUGCACCACUAAUCUAAAUAUUACUAAAGCAACGACGUCGACGAAGCAACAAUACAACACGUUGAAAAAUAGUCAUCCUUUUUCAACAGUUAGUUUGCAAUCAGGCCAAAACAGAUCAAUUCAGAAAACUACUCGAUCUGUAAUUACAGAACAAAAUCAAAUUUUGGAUCGUAAACUGAAUAACGUAUCACCUCCGAAUACGAACGUGUCCGGAGAGCCUACUUUUCAAAUACCUGUGAAAAAGAUAUCAACAGUUAAUACUUCGAAUACUUUACAUACAUCCACGGAAACAAAAGAGAAAAAGCAGAUAACAAAGCAACCGAGAAAGAUACAAAAUAAUGGUGUGCCUCUGAUGGGCAUGUAUACUAAUCCAAACGACGUACCCCGUGCAGGUUUACUGAAAUUUCCGCCGCCUCCUUCCGAACCACCGCCACCACAAACACCACUUGCUCAUCCAGGAUUUCGACUUCCGCCGAUUGAUAGUGACGAUCGUAUGAAUAAUAUUAAAGACAUAAAACAUAACAAAGGGAUGCAAACAGUUAUUGGGCAAGUAGUAAAUAAAACUGGAGAUAACAAGUCUCGUGUUGUCCCGCCUAAUAAACCACGUCCGCAAAAACCAGCAGUGCCUAAGUUACCUAAAGCUAGAGCUUUGUACGAUUACAAUCCUCAAGAUCACGAUGAGAUAGGACUCAAAGAAGGUGACAUUGUUGAGAUACUUAAAGAACACGAAGGUGGUUGGUGGUACGGUAGGUUAAAAGGAAAGAAAGGGCUGUUUCCAUCAAACUACGUUGUCAAGAUAUAAAGUACUUUGUUGUAUAUUUUCAGAAUAAUCGUUAUAACGUUAUCGUAAUAAUUUAAAAGGAUAUUAUUUAUAUAGUUAAAAUAUAGUAGCUAUUUUUCACAACCAAAUGAAAUGUAUUUGUAAGAAAUUUAAUAGGUUAAUUUUUUGUUGUUAAAAUUAAUAUAUUUUUUAUGCGAUAUAUUCUACGCUACAACGAAAGCUAACCAAAUAUUAGAAAAGAAAACAAUUUAUA